CUCGCAUGAUGCGAGUCGCAUGUGGUCGCAUGGCUGCGCUUGACUAUUUCAAGUGAUUUCAAGAGUGUUUAUAAUAAGCGGUUACCUUGUGUUGCCUUGUGUUUGAUUACAUUCUGUUGAACGACAACGUUAUUUUAUAUCGAGUACAGUUAAGAAACUGAAGUUGAGGAAAUAUGUUCACCCAAAGUGGUGGAUUACGUACCGGCACAUCAAACACGUCUAAUCCAAUGCAGGACUUUGAGGUUGUCUCUCCCCCUGACGAUUCUAUUUCCAGUCUUGCGUUUAGUCCUGCUUCUAUUCCACAAAACUUUUUGGUAGCUGGUUCGUGGGAUUGCAAUGUGCGUUGCUGGGAAGUCGAGCAGUCGGGCAAAACAGUUCCAAAAUCCAUGCAGUCCAUGGGCGAACCGAUUCUUGAUGUUUGUUGGAGCGAUGACGGAACUAAAGUUUUCAUGGCAUCAUGCGAUAAAACAGCGAAAUGCUGGGAUUUGGCGUCGAAUCAAAGUAUACAGGUUGCUGCACACGAUGCACCCAUCAGAAAUUGUCAUUGGAUUAAAGCUAGUUCAUAUUCGUGCCUCAUGACAGGUUCUUGGGAUAAAACAUUAAGAUUUUGGGACUUACGAAGUCCAAAACCAGCAAUGACCCUCAAUUUAAUCGAAAGAUGCUAUUGUGCAGAUGUUGAUUAUCCAAUGGCAGUAGUAGGAACUGCAGGACGUGGUCUAAUUGUUUACCAACUAGAAGGCAGUCCUAGAGAGUACAAAACGGUAGAACUAAAUUUGAAAUAUCAAUACAGAUGCGUUGCUAUCUUCAGGGACAAGAAGAAGGUUCCUACUGGUUUUGCUAUUGGUAGCACAGAAGGACGUGUCGCGAUACAUCAUUUGAAUUUAAGUGCAAAAGAGAAUUUCACUUUCAAAUGUCACAGAGUAAAUGGGACACCGAAUGGAUAUCAAGAUAUUUAUGCAGUCAAUGACAUUGCAUUCCAUCCAGUUCAUGGCACUGUUGCUACUGUUGGCGCCGACGGUACUUUUGGAUUUUGGGACAAGGAUUCUCGAACUAAAUUGAAAUCUUCUGAACCCAUGGAACAGCCUAUCACUAAAUGUUGCUUUAAUCAUAAUGGACAAAUAUUUGCAUAUGCAGUAUCCUACGAUUGGUCAAAGGGUCAUGAGUAUUAUAAUCCAGCGAAGAAAAACUCAAUUUUCCUUAGACCGUGUUUCGAAGAACUAAAACCUAAGGCUACGCCAUAAAACAGUAGGAGCGUUUCCUAAUCUAAUUAAGUUUUUUAAAUUCUGUGAUGUGUUUCAAGAUACAGGUUUUUUAUAAUUAAACUUACAAUAAUAUACUGUU